UUCACGGCUUCGUUUUAGCCUCAAGCACAAACCAAAAACUCAUUCACAAGCAGAAUAAACUCUAAUUUUAAUGUCACUUUCUCCUUGACCACAGCUGUGUGUAUUUAAAUAAUAUUAAAGAGAAGGAACUAUCGUGUGGUUUCCCAUCAUGCAGUGCACCAUCCUUAUGUUUCACUUUCAUUCUCCCCGUGCGGUUUUUCGAAGACGUCGAGAUGAGAGGAGGUGAAGUACUUUGUCUCAACAUGUUAGUGGCUCCUGUCCUGCUGCUCCUCUUCUCUUCCUUCCACACUGUAUCUGCGGCACAGCUGCCAAACCAGAACCAGAUAAAGGACCCUCCCAUCGCCACCAAUGGUCAACCCUUCCCGUGGGAUCGCAUGCGACUCCCCAAAACUGUCUCUCCGGUCCACUAUGACCUCAGGAUUCACCCCAACCUGACCUCUCUGAACUUCUCCGGAUCCGUCUUCAUUAGCCUGGACAUACACGAGGACACGAGUAGCAUCAUUCUCCAUGCUAAAAAGAUGCAGAUCUCAAAUGUGCGACUCCUGGCACCUGAGGGCAUCAGGCCUCUGCGCAUGCUGGAGUAUCCUGGUUUCCAUCAGCUCGCCCUGCUGUCUGAUUCCCCCUUGACAAAAGGACAAAAGUAUGUAGUCCAGUUGGACUUUGCUGCAAAUCUGUCCGACAGCUUCCGUGGUUUCUACAAGGGCAGCUACCGCACCAGCAGUGGAGAAGUCCGGGUCCUGGCAUCGACGCAGUUUGAAGCCACGUUUGCUCGUGGAGCCUUUCCCUGUUUUGACGAACCAGCUUUUAAAGCCAACUUCACCGUACGAAUCAUACGUGAGCCGCGGCACAUUGCGAUAUCCAACAUGCCCAAGAUUAAAACGGUGGAGUUGUCAGAAGGUUUGCUGGAGGAUUAUUUUGACACCACAGUGAAGAUGAGCACAUACCUGCUGGCCUACAUAGUCUGUGAUUUCCUGUCUGUGAGCAGGACCACCAACCGUGGUGUCAAGAUUUCAGCCUAUGCUGUGCCUGAGAAGAUCAACCAGACGGCCUUUGCUCUGGAUGCUGCUGUCAAGCUGUUGGACUUCUACGAAGACUACUUUGACAUUCCUUAUCCACUUCCAAAACAAGAUCUGGCUGCCAUUCCUGACUUCCAGUCAGGGGCGAUGGAGAAUUGGGGGCUGACCACUUACAGAGAGGCAGGCCUCUUAUUUGACCCUGAAAAGUCAUCAGCUUCGGACAAGCUCGGCAUUGUCAAGGUCAUCGCUCACGAGCUAGCACACCAGUGGUUUGGGAAUCUGGUGACGAUGGAGUGGUGGAACGACCUGUGGCUCAAUGAGGGUUUUGCCAAAUUCAUGGAGUUUAUUUCUGUAGACGUCACCUACCCAGAGCUACAUGUGGAGGACCUCUUCUUGGGGAAAUGUUUUGAGGCGAUGGAGGUUGACUCCCUCAGCUCUUCCCACCCCGUCUCCACCCCUGUGGAGAACCCGGUCCAGAUCCAGGAGAUGUUUGAUGACGUCUCCUACGACAAGGGAGCUUGUAUCCUCCACAUGCUGAGAGACUUUCUGACACCAGAGGUGUUUGAGAUCGGCAUCAUCAAAUACCUCAAACGCUACAGCUACAAAAACACAGUCAACGGCCACCUGUGGGAGAGCCUGACUGAUGUCUGCGGCUUGGAAGACGUGGCCGUGGGUCAAAAGAAACACAGGGAUUUCUGCUCCAAUCGUAAACGUUCAACUGAAGAAUCUAAAUGGUUCUCUGGUGAGGAGCUGGACGUCAAAGCCAUCAUGGACACCUGGACCCUGCAGGAGGGCUUCCCACUGGUCACUGUCGAGGUUAGAGGGCGGGAGGUCAGGCUAAGUCAGGAACGUUAUCUCAAAUCAGACGACCCGUCCCUCACUGAUGGAUUUUUGUGGCAGAUUCCAUUGACCUACAUAACCAGCGCAUCCAGCACAGUCCAAAGAUUCCUACUUAAAUCAAAGACUGAUGUCCUGCACCUGCCAGAGGAGGUGGACUGGGUGAAGUUUAACGUAGACAUGACCGGUUACUACAUGGUCCACUACGCAAUACGCAAUGGGUGGAGCUCUAUCAACAGACUGCUGAAGCACAACCACACGGCGCUGACCGGCAACGACCGCGCCAGCCUCAUCCACAACGUGUUCCAGCUGGUCAGUAUCGGGAAGGUGAGUCUGGACACGGCUCUGGAGCUGUCCCUCUAUCUCUCGAAGGAGACUGAGAUCAUGGCAGUGAUCCAGGGCUUCGGAGAGUUGGUGCCUCUCUACAAACUGAUGGAGAAGAGAGACAUGGCAGCCCUGGAGAACCAGAUGAAGGGCUACAUAUUGGACCUGUUCCAGGGUCUGAUUGAUCGCCAGGAGUGGACUGACUCAGGGUCAGUGUCUGAGAGGAUGCUCAGGAGCUACCUGCUGCUGUUCGCCUGUGUCAGGAACUACUCCCCCUGUCUGACCAAAGCCACACAGCUCUUUAACAUGUGGAAGGACUCCGACGGCACCAUGAGUCUUCCGGUCGACAUCACAAUGGCUGUGUUUUUGGUCGGAGCUCGAUCACCAGAGGGGUGGGACUUCCUGUUUGAGAAGUAUCGCACCUCAAUUCAAACAUCCGUCAAGAGCCGAAUGAAGAUGGCCAUGGCUGCCACUCCGCUGCAGGACAAGCUCAAAUUGAUGAUGGAGCAGAGCCUCCACGGUGAAGUGAUGAAAACUCAGGAUCUCCCAUACGUGGUCGUCUCCGUCAGCAAUAACCCACAUGGCUACAAGCUGGCGUGGGAUUUUCUACGAGCCAACUGGGAGGUUAUGAUCAAGAAGUUUGACCUGGGCUCUCACUCUAUAACCCACAUGGUGACCGGGGUGACCAGCCGGUAUUCUACCAGAGAGAUGUUAGAGGAGGUACGAAGUUUCUUCGGCUCUUUGACCGAGGAGUCCGGCUCAGAUAUGCGAUGCAUCCAACAGGCGUACGAGAGCAUCGAGGACAACAUCCGCUGGAUGGACGCCAACCUACCUCUGUUGCAGGCCUGGCUGGACAAACGCAGCAGACGCAGUGUGGUUCACGAGGAUUUAUAAAAUAUAUGAUGAGGGAAAACCUACCCGACAACAGUUAACGUUCCUACAACACCGCGGGGCCUAUCAACAUUACGACAACAAUCCAUUCAUUUUGACAUUUUUGCGUAAAUUCUUUAGGUUAAGGAUUUUUCUUCGAGUUUGAGUUUAAGUUUCAAUAUCUAGUUUUGGAUUUCAUUUACCUUCUUAUUCUAAUUUUUGAGCACAGACAACAAUGUUAAAAUUUUUUUGUAUAGUUAUGUACAUGUUGCCUUUUAAAAUGCACUGUCAAAAUGUUGUUGUGACCAUGGAUAUUGACCAUUAUGGUCAUCCGCUUCGUCUCAUCACCUUGUUAUAGGAAUCGUCUCAUUUUCACAUCACUUUGAUGUUUCAACACUGUAUUAGUUUGGAGUGAAAAAUUGUUUAUUUUAUUUAAAUACAAAGAAAUUGUCAAAUGUGACUUUUUUUUUUCAUUAAAAAUGUUUUUUCUAAA